UUCUUUCCUUACUUAAACCCGUUCAUUAUCUUUUCCUUCUCUGAUUUCUUUCUCGUCUCUCCUCGUCAUUCGCUGUUUUUAUAAACUUGUCGCUUACUUCAAACUUAUUUUCUUCGCUCUCCUGUUACAUUUAACCCGAACUGUUUGUGCGAUAAUCGUGGUACUCAGCGGCUGCCACAAAAGACAACUCGCCAUUUCUCCUUUCUCAGAAGAUAAACGUUUGCAAAGAAAGACAAAAAGCGAGGAAGGAUGGGAGGCCUUUUAAAUUCCAAGAUGACCACCACCACCACUACUGCUCCCCGACCAUUCUUGGAUGAAAUCAAAACCACCAAGAAGGACGACCUGCAACACAUCGACGUUCAGGAGAAGACUGCUCUUCCGACGAAAACUGAUAUUGUCAAAGAGAAAAGUGAGCAAGAGUUGCGCAGCUCCAUCGGUAGUUUUGACAAAGCAAAACUUAACCCAACUGAAACCCAAGAGAAAAUAAGCUUACCUGACAAGACAGAAAUCGACCAAGAGAAGACGGAACAAAAACUACGAAGCAAUAUUAACGAUUUUGAUAAGAACCAACUAAAACAUGCUGAAGUGGAGGAGAAGAACCCGCUUCCAGACAAAGACACAAUUAAACAAGAAAAAACUGAGCAAGAACUGAAGAAUUCCAUCAACAAGUUUGACAAAACUGAGUUGAAAUGCACAAAGACUUGUGAGAAAACCGUUUUGCCAACCAAGGCCGAUAUUGCUCAAGAAAAAGGCUCUGCUUAAGAUGGCUGGCUUCUUCACAUUUUAUUUCUCUUUCUUCUUCUUCUCUGGGUUGGCAAAUCUUUUGAGAGAAUUUCUCGAGACACCUUAACCUUCCACAUUAAGGAUGAAUUCUUCAGAAGAUGAAGUAGGGGGGUGGGGAAACUUUUUUUUUUUUAUUAUUGCUAGCCAUUGCUUUCUUGCCUCCUCCUCCUCCUCAUUAUUUUAAUUAUAAUUAGUUCUUAUUCUAGCCCCAUCUUAAAUCUUCUUCUCUUCUCUCUCUGCAUGUCAUUACAUCUUUUUUUUCCUCUCACACUUCAACGAAAUUCGUCUUUUAUUUCUGUAUUUCUUUCUUUUCUGAUUUUUGCUGGUUUAUUUCAACAAAAUCUCUUUAAUUUACCUGACAAAUACCUUUGUCUGUGUAUUAUUAUUUUUCUAUCAUAAUUUAAUAUCUGCAAAUGUGACAAGAAAUGGAAUUAUUGCCUUCCAGUGGUUGUUAAUCACGAACAAACACAACGUAACUUGCUUUCGUUAAACAAAACAAAAUUAUUUUCUCUUCAAACCAUCUGGUGCCUUUUUUUUUUAAUUAUUUUUAAGAAACAAACUUUUCAUUCUUUCACUUUUUGCUGCAGUUUUCAUAGAAAAUAAAUCAAGAAAAUUAAACGACUUACAAAUUAAAAGCUAAUUUCUGUUUCUUUUUUUUCUUUAAUUCCAUUUUCCAACUUUUUUUGAAAUAAACUUAUCAAACUUUU